AUGAAAUCAGUAUUGGGGGAUCUUCAAAUAGUCGUGGAAAGACAUUCAAAUGUUUUAAAAAACAAUGCUUUGCCCUUUCAUGUACUGUUAGCUCUGAGAUUAAUAGGCUUCCUUCUAUCACCUUUUUCUUCCUUUCUCUCUCUCCUUCCCAUUCAAUUAUUCUCUAUUGAAAUAUGGAGAAUCGUUACUUCUGCCUUUGUCGGAAAGAAUAUAGUUCUACUUGCCUGGUCACUUUGCUCAAUUCAUUUCGGUUCCCUGUUACUGCGACAAGCUAGUUCUAAUGAAGCUAUUUUGAAAACAUUCGGAAUAACUCACGUUCUAACAUGUAUUAUAGUCUCAAUAAUAUCCUUACUACAAUUUAUAUUCUUCCGAAGCUCUGUAUUGUUAUAUGAGUCGCCCAUAGUUGAUCUAAUUGGUGCUAAUACUGCUGUGCUGGUCAUGAUCAAGCAGUUUCUUCCGGACUCUAUCUUAUUAACUACACCAGCAGGACGAAUCAAAUAUACUCACUUACCCUUCUGUGGAAUUUUUCUAGCAUUUAUCGGCUCCUUCACUGGGAUUUUUCAUGCGACUGUGUUCUGGCAAGUCUUAACUGGGGUGCAGGUGAGUUGGACAUAUCUUCGUUUCUUCAAUCCUCAUGAAUCGGAUGCAGUUUAUGGAGAUAGCAACGAGCACUUCACCUGGGCAAGCUUGUUCCCACGUAUUCUUCAACCAGCAUGCACUAUUCUAGGGAGGAUAUGUUUCCGUUCUUUGGCCAAACUGGGAGUUUGUAAAAGACAGGUUCGCCAUGUUGACUUGCAUUCUCUUCAUACUGUCCCAAUUAAUUUACCUGGGCUAGAUUCAUCGGCAAGAGAUGCAGAAAGAAGAAGACAAAAAGCUCUUAGAGCACUGAAUGAGAGAUUAAGUAAAACGAAAAGAAUAGAAACAAUAAAAUGGGAAGAUGAUGAAGAACAGACUGUUGAGGAUAAGAAAGUAUUAGAGAAGUCCAUUCCCGAAGUUAAAACUGAAGAUAUUAUGGCAGAGGCUAUUCAUGAUAUGGAACCGAAAGAGGUGAUAGAAGAACGGGAAUAA